GCAGACAUACACUUUCAGGAAAUGGCCUCUAAAUCUUGGCUGAAUUUUUUAACCUUCCUCUGUGGAUCAGCAAUAGGAUUUUUUUUAUGUUCUCAGUUAUUUAGUAUUUUGUUGGGUGAACGGGAUGACACUCAACCUAAUAUUCUUCAUAAUGAUCCUCAUGCUAGACAUUCAGAUGAUACUGGACAGAAUCAUCUAGAAGGUCAAAUGAACUUCAAUGCAAAUUCUAGCCAACAUAAAGAUGAAAACACAGACAUCGUUGAAAACCUCUAUCAGAAAGUUAAAAUUCUUUGUUGGGUUAUGACAGGCCCUCAAAAUCUAGAGAAAAAGGCCAAACACGUCAAAGCCACAUGGGCCCAGCGAUGUAAUAAAGUGUUAUUUAUGAGUUCAGAAGAAAAUAAAGACUUCCCUACUGUGGGAUUAAAAACCAAAGAAGGCAGAGAUCAGCUGUAUUGGAAAACAAUUAAAGCUUUUCAGUAUGUUCAUGACCAUUAUUUAGAAGAUGCUGAUUGGUUUAUGAAAGCUGAUGAUGAUACAUAUGUGAUACUAGACAACUUAAGAUGGCUUCUUUCAAAACGUGACCCUGAACAACCCAUUUAUUUUGGAAGAAGAUUUAAGCCCUAUGUGAAGCAAGGUUACAUGAGUGGAGGAGCUGGGUAUGUACUAAGCAAAGAAUCCUUGAAGAGAUUUGUUGAUGCAUUUAAAACAGAGAAAUGUACACACAGUUCCUCAAUCGAAGACUUAGCACUGGGAAAAUGCAUGGAAAUUAUAAAUGUAGAAGCUGGAGAUUCCAGAGAUACCACUGGAAAAGAAACUUUUCAUCCCUUUGUACCAGAGCACCACUUAAUCAAAGGUUUUCUAUCCAGAACUUUUUGGUACUGGAAUUACAACUAUUAUCCUGCUAUAGAGGGUCCUGGUUGCUGUUCCGAUCUUGCAGUUUCUUUUCACUAUGUUGAUUCCACAACUAUGUAUGAAUUAGAAUACCUCGUUUAUCAUCUUCGUCCAUAUGGUUAUUUAUAUAGAUAUCAACCUGCCUUACCUGAGAAUAUUCUAAAGGAAAUAAGUCAAUUAAACAAGAAUUAAGAUCCGAAAGUAAAAUUAGGAAACCGUUAAAAAAAAUAAACAAUGAAUCCAGGUAAAAUGGUCUAGCAUUGCACUGAAGAAGGACUUUGCUGCAUUUCUGACAUAAAACCCUGAAAUCCCAGUGAGGAAAUCAUUCUUCUAACUGAAAAUUCCAUUUAGAAAUCUUUCAAAUGAAUGACUGCAAACUGAAGCUUUAAGUGAGCUGUGAAGUCUGUUAAAAUGUGUUUUGAUACAGUAAUAUAUAAAUAUAUAUGUGAAAAAAACUUGUGUUUCUAAAAUGGUAACAGAUAGAAAGACCAGAAAAGAGAUUUUUUUUGCCUAUUCCCAACCAUGUGUAUUAUUGUCACUGAGAAACUAAAACAUUUAAAUUUGCUAUACCUGCACUGCAUCAUGGCAGUAAUACCCAAUGCUAAACAGAUCUGCCUUAAAGAAAUUUUUAGAAGGAAAUAUUGUUACUCAAUAUUAUUUGUAAGUUCAUUUGCAAUGUGAUAUAAAUGAAUGGGCCACACACACACUUAUCUAAUUAAAUUUUUUCUGUGGUUAUUUGUAAUUGGCAGUAUUUCUUCAAGAAGAAGGUAGAUAGAGUAAGAAUAGCACUUUUCUACAGUGCAUUAAUAAUAACACAUUUUGAAGUUCUCAUGGGACCUGAUAUAUACUUGGUUCUCAUUAAUCCUUUUACCAAGUUCCUGUUGUCUCUUUUUUCACUGUUAACCACUCUUAAAUAUCAUUCUCCACUACUAGUAUUUAUUU